AUGAAUAGAGAGAUUAACUUGCUUCUAGGACUUCAAGUUAAACAGAUUCCUCAAGGAAUCUUCAUCCAUCAAGAAAAAUAUACCUCUGAGCUACUGAAGAAAUACUCAAUGGAUAACUGCUCUUCGGCUAAGGUACCCACGGCAUUCGGCAAUAAGAUCUCUGCUGACCCCUCCGGAGAACCUUUUGAUCACAAGACUUAUAGAGGCCUCAUUGGAUCUCUCAUGUAUCUCACUGCUAAUCGACCGGAUAUAGUGUUUGCAACGGGUGUAUGCGCAAGGUAUCAGGCUGAUCCAAAAAUGUCUCACAUGACCGCAGCCAAACAAAUCUUUGAAUACCUAAAAGGAAGAAAGUCUCUUGGCCUAUGGUAUCCCGCAGUGUAA